GAGUUACAGGGGCCAGGCGGAAGCAGCUGAUUUGGAGGGAGGUCCGGGUCGAAAAGGAUGGCGGACGGCGGAGGGGAGCUGGGGGGCUAUUACCCUCACCACGCACAACGGGCUGUUUGUGACUCGCGGGCCAAGUAUCGGGAGGGGCGGAGGCCCCGCGCCGUUAAGGUUUAUACAGUCAAUUUGGAAUCUCGAUACUUAAUCAUUCAAGGAGUUCCUGCAGUGGGAGUUAUGAAGGAGCUGGUUGAGCAGUUUGCAUUAUUUGGUGCCAUUGAACAGUAUAAUGCUCUAGAUGAGUAUCCAGCAGAGGAAUUUACGGAAGUGUACCUAAUUAAAUUCCAAAAAUUACAAAGCGCAAGGAUAGCCAAACGAAAAUUGGAUGAGCGGAGUUUUUUUGGUGGUUUGCUUCAUGUGUGCUAUGCUCCAGAAUUUGAAACAGUACAAGAAACCAGAGAGAAACUACAGGAAAGGAGACGAUACAUAGCAAGAACCACGGGGGUUAAAGUUUUAGAAGAUAAAGUCCAACCACUGACAAAGAAACAACUGUAUACAGAAUAUACUGUUACAAAAUAUCGAAGGAGUGACUUUGAAACAAAGGCAUCUGAAUUUUGCGCAACCCCAUCAAACACUUGUACUGAGAAUCCAUGGAAUUGUCAUCUGAACUUUCAUAAUUCAACUCCAUAUAAUGUCUCCUCCAAGUAUGCAGCCUCCCAAUCAGGAGAGCUCUUAGAGGGAGCACUGAUCUCCCCUCAGCACAACAGAAACUAUAACAAAACUAUGUCAGGUUGUAACCAGAGUAACUCUUUGAUUCAGAGUAUAGAAAUGGAAAUGCCUAAAACUUCAUUAGACUAUCUUGGACCACCAAGGGUUAUUCCCUCUAAUAAUGGGAUUGCUAGAUUCAUGCCUCGAACAACUCAGCUGCAAGAGCGAAAGCGGAGAAGAGAAGAAGACCGUAAACUUGGAACUUUUCUUGAAACAAACCCAAGAAAUAAAGAGGUUAUUAUUGGGCCACAGCUACCAGAAAUCCCCAAAGUGGAUAUGGAGGAUGAGUCUUUAAAUAUGUCAGCUAAUUUAAUCCGGGAUAAACUUAAGGAGGUAAGUUCUUCACAACCUUCAGAGGACAAGCUGGAAGACAGACAUAAAAGUCAUCCAUUAAAACAAAGAAGAAGAAUAUAAAAGACGAUAGAGCUCAAAAACAACAUAUUACCUUUUCUAGAAAAGAUCUCUUAUGUUAUUUAGAUUUAUGACUUAUUACUGUUGCUGUUUCAUAUUUGUAUAUCCCUUAAACAUGAAAAUAAAUGAUUCACUCUCAUCUUUAA